CGUACGAAGCGGUAGCGAUCCCGUGUUUCCACUAUUCAAAAGCUAUAGACAGUAAACCACAAGUUCCCAGUCAUGGUGAUGCGUAGUUCUCCUUUGACCGGGUGGAAGAACGUCAGUACUGGAUCGGACGCCGAAGCUCAUCGGCCUCCUACACGGAUAGCGAUUCAAGUUGCGCAGGGUUACAUCUACGGAGUUCGGGAAAAUCUACCGAAUGGGGAGAACUACUUCUACUUCAAGGGAGUUCCGUACGCGAAGCCCCCAAUCGGAAACCUCCGAUUUAUGUCACCAGUUCCGAUCGAGAAGUAUUCCGUUUCGUACCUGGAUUGUACUACGGAGAGGAGUAACUGCAUGGGACUGGACGUGCUGAGUAAGGACAUCACUGGUUCAGAGGAUGGGCUGUAUUUGAAUAUUUAUACUCCGAGGAUACCUAGAAAGGGGGAGCAGACAGAGAAGUUACCGGUGAUGGUGUUUCUACACGGCGGUGGUCUAAUUGGGGGACACGCCGACAGUUCUAUGUAUUUGCCGAGUUAUUUGUUGCAGGAGGGUGUUCUUGUGGUCACCGUCAACUACCGGUUGGGUGUUCUAGGGUUUCUUUGUUUGCCACAGGCCGGUGUUGAAGGUAAUGCCGGUCUCAAGGAUCAGAGAAUGGCUCUACAAUGGGUCAACCAGAACAUCGCUCAAUUUGGUGGGGAUCCCGACAACGUAACACUAUUCGGGGCAAGUUCGGGAGCUAUUGCCGUAAAUUUUCACUGCCUGUCGAAAGCUUCCAAAAAAUACUUCCACAAGGGAAUCAUGCAAAGUGGUUCGAUCUACACGGAAUUUGGACACCAAGAUGAACCGGAGAUAAAAGCUCGUCACUUGGCGUCACUUCUCGGAUACAGUCCAACUUCAGACGAGGAGGUUUUCCAGAUUCUCAAAAAUGCUCCCGCUCGGAAACUGUUCGAACUGCAACACAAAGUGAUUAAUAAACGCGAACUGCUGGUUGAGAAAUUAUUUCAGAUUCCAUUUUUACCGGUGAUCGAACGUGAAUCGUCACCGGAUGCAAUCAUUACUAAACAUCCGUCUGACAUUAUGAGCGAACCGGAUAGUAUGGGAAUUCCUAUCAUUCUCGGUUACAACGAACACGACGGAAUGAUGGUUCUGAUCGAUGCAAUUAAGAAUCUGAACAGUUACAACCUUGAACCGGAGAGGUUCAUCCCAAGAAUUCUCAACAUUGACUGCUACACUCCGGAAGCACGUAAGUUGGGAAAUGAAAUCAAACAGUUCUACUUCAAGGACAAGAACGUCACCCGUGAAACUUUACUGCCGCUGACGAAUCUUUUCACCGACAAGUACCUGUUCGCGUACAGAAUCACCUCGGAGUUGUGGGCAAAGUAUCAAACUAAAACCAAGAUGUUCGGGUACCGCUUUUCGUUCGACGGCCUGCUGAACAAAGGUAAGGCCGUAACCUCGUUCACCAGUAUGAAAGGAGCCGCCCACAUCGAUGAGGUGUACUACCUGUUCAGUUCGCCGAUUCUGAAGACGGAAGUGCCGAAAACGAACAAGGCUUACGCGAUGCGUCAGAAAAUGGUCCGCAUGUGGACUAAUUUUGCCAAGUACGGUGAUCCCACUCCGGACGGGGAGGACAGUUUACCGUUCCGAUGGGAGCCGGUGGAGAAUAUUGCACCGGAUAGCACAGAUCUGAGACAGAACAUUCUAAGUAUUGGCGAAGAGAUCAAAAUGAUGGAGAUGCCGGAGCGGAAGCGUAUGGACUUUUGGACUGAACUGUUUCGCAAGUAUAAUGGGCAUGUGACGAAAGCGAAAAUUCCUACCGCACCGACCGGCAAAGCGGAAAUCGAUAUGAAUAAUAACGUAUAAUGUGUUAAUGUGCCCCUUAUGCACGAUUGUGUCAAAUAGAAUGGAUAAUUUACAUAAUAUAUCAGUUUGUGUAGUAUGAGACUGAAACGAAUAAAAG